GCGCAGAGAUUAAUAAUUGAUUAGUGCAUAGCCCGGAAUUUUAGUAAAAGGGAAUUGGUUACUUUGGGCUGCCAUUUUUUCCAACUGGGUAACCUGCAGGAGAAGGAGGUGAUACAGGACGUGGUGGCAGAAAAAUGAAGAGGAUCCUGGUUUUCCUCCUUGCUGUAGCCUUUGUGAAUGCUCUAGAGAGAGGCCGAGAUUAUGAGAAAGAUAAAGUCUGCAAGGAACUUGCCAGCCUUGGAAGAGAUGACUUCACAUCUUUGUCAAUGGUCCUAUACAGCAGAAAAUUUCCCAGUGGCACCUUUGAACAGAUCAGCCAUCUUGUGAACGAAGUUGUUUCCUUAACAGUAACCUGCUGUGCAGAAGGGGCCGAUCCUAACUGCUAUGACAACAGGACUUCAGCAUUGUCUGACAAGUCCUGUGAAAGCAACUCUCCAUUCCCAGUGCACCCCGGAACUCCUGAGUGCUGCACCCACGAGGGCCUUGAAAAGAAGCUCUGUAUGGCUGCCCUGAAGCACCAGCCACAAGAAUUUCCAACUUACGUAGAGCCAACAAAUGACGAGAUCUGUGAGGCAUUCAGGAAAGAUCCCAAGGAGUUUGCUGAUCGAUUUAUGUAUGAAUAUUCCAUUAAUUAUGGACAAGCUCCUCUGACACUUUUAGUCGGUUAUACCAAGAGUUAUCUCUCUAUGGUAGGGUCCUGCUGUACUUCACCAAACCCAACAGUAUGCUUUUUGAAAGAGAGACUUCAGCUUAAACAUUUUUCACUUCUCACCAUUAUGACAAACAGAAUCUGCUCACAAUACGCUGUUUAUGGGAAGGAGAAGUCAAGGCUCAGCCAUCUCAUCAAAUUUGCCCAGAAAGUGCCUACUGCACAUCUGGAAGAUGUUUUGCCACUUGCUGAAGAUAUUACAACAAUCCUCUCCAAGUGCUGUGACUCUGUCUCUGAGGACUGCAUCAAGGAGCUUCCUGAAUACGCAGUAAAACUCUGUGACAACUUAUCCACUAAAAAUUCGAAAUUUAAGGACUGUUGUCAAGAAAAAACACCCAUGGAGAUAUUUGUGUGCACUUACUUCAUGCCAGCUUCCCCAAACCCUGAACUGCCAGAUGUCAAGUUGCCCAUUAACAAAGACGUGUGUGAUAAAGGAAACACCAAGGUCCUGGAUCAGUAUAUAUUUGAACUAAGCAGGAAGACUCAGAUUCCAGAAGUAUUCCUCACUAAAAUACUUGAGUCAACUCUGAAAAGCCUUGAUGAAUGCUGCCACUCUGAAUCUUCUACUGCCUGUUUAAAUGCAAAGGGCCCUCAAUUGACAAGGGAAUUAUCAUCUUUCAUUCAAAAAGGACAAGAACUAUGUGCCGAUUAUUCAGAAAACACAUUUACUGAGUACAAGAAAAAACUGGCAGAGCGACUAAGAGGAAAAUUUCCUGAUGCCACGGAGACGGAUCUCCAAGAGCUGAUUGCCAAGCGUUCAGACUUUGCCUCCAAGUGCUGUUCUGUAAACUCACCUCCUCUCUACUGCAAUUCAGAGAUUGAUGCUGAAAUUAAUACCCUACAGUCCUGAUGCAUGUGUACCAUCUUAAACCUCAAGCUGGAAGCACUCUGGGAAUGACAACUGCUGGCCUAAACUCAGCAACACCAGAGCUCCUGGGGACACAGCUAGGAUACUCCCUGCUUGUUUUCAGCUACAAUAUCCUCGUCUGAUGUUAAGCGUGAUGAUUUGUUACCAAAAUAAAUUGAAAUAUAAUGCAAACCAUAAA